GCCAAUAUUGUCAUGAUCCGCUCUAUAUAGCUAUUAGGAAAUGUUUAAGCAAAAAUUAAAGCUAACUGCAAGCAGACAUAAAAAGUGGCCAAUUUGUCCUCCUUUUUUGGCAGUAAAGCCAAUAACUAAACUUACUGGGCUUGAAGACCAAGUUGGGUCAAUCUCUCCAUUUUAUAUCCACUUGCAAUUAUCUUUCAUUCCUAGUUAAACAUUAACUACUAGCUAUACAGGAUAGUUUAUGGGAAAAUUGGUGAAUUUUGAUGCAGAAACUCUGAGUUCUUGCCUGUAAAAUACCCAGCCACACCCACUAUGAGUGGGCGUUAAGGCUGGUUAAGAGUGCUAAAAUCAUGCUUUUAGCUCUGUAUCUCAUUCAUUUUAGACAUUCUUUUGUGAAUUUUUUUAAUGCAAUACAACCUGCACCUAUUCCAAGCAUUUAAGUAAUUGGAGCACCAAUGAUAUGGUUUUUUCACCCGUUAAAAAUCAAAAACGAAAAUUUUUUUUUUUUGUUAAAAAGCUACCUUUUCGAUUGCAUAACACUUCUUAUAGUAAAAUUAGCCAAUUUUGAUGCAAAUUAACAUAAGUUUGAGCAGGUAGAAAUUCAGCCCUGCCCCAUUGAGUGGGUGUAGCUAGCUCAAUGGGGCGGGGCUGAGUUGCAUGCGCAUGGCAUGUGUUAUUUGCACUUUGCACCCAUGAUGCCACGUGAGUGACCUUAUGAAAAGGCCCCUUUUCUCAACAACGUACCUUUUCUUUCUUUUCCUCCUUCGUUCGAUGUCGUUUAAUAAUGAUCCAGCUUCAGCCAAUAAGUCGCUACAAACUGUACUUCAAGAGGCUUUGCGUCAACUGGAAAGCCAUCAGCUCAGUCAACUGAUUAACACACAGGCUGUUAAUAUUUCUCCAACAAGUGAUCAUGGGCCUAGUGGUACUAUUCCUAGUGUUUCAUUCUCAGUUACUCAACCAGUUAGUAUUUGUCCAGUACCUGCUACUGCUACGCCAACUACUAGUAGAUUUAUAUCUUCUACAUCUGGUGCUAUACCAGUUCCACAGCCAAGUUAUAACUUUCAUUGGAACCCUAAAAGUUUAAUUGGUCGGAAGCGUAAGUCAUCUCAGUCAAGCAGUAGUGCUAAAUGUAAGGAAAAGAAAGCAGCUACUUGGACACAUACUUACGUAUGCUUAGCUAAAAGAGAUCAAGUUAUUAUACCCAAUGGACAAGAAAGGGCAGCUUUACAGAUAGCUGGCUUAGGGGAAAAGACAAUAACAGUCUCACGUGAUGCUGACUCACAAGACAUGUACGAUGCAAUAAUUUUGGAUUUCCCUAAAUUGCAACAAGCCGGAGGCUUUGAACUAUUGAAGAUUCCUGAUAAUGGAGGGAAGCUUUUAUCAAUAAUAGAAAUACCAAGCACUGGUUAUACGGCUUCAUUUCUAAAACCAGUUGCCCGAAACGCUAAAUUAUACAUCAGACCCCUUCAAAGAAAUCUUUCAUUGGAACCAUGUUACAACCAUCAUGAGUCAUUGAUAGGGCCACCUAAAGAGAAUUGUCUUAAAUGUGGAAAAGCAAUUCCUAUUGCUGAGCUGAAGAGCCAUAUUUCAAUGUGUGAAAAUUCUCAGAAUCUUGGUUGCAGCUCUGAGUUUUUCAGUACAAACCAGCAGGAAGUUUUUGAAGAUGGCGUGCAUUUUGAUCCUAUUGAAGAGGUGGGUGUACAUAUGGAUCCUGUUGUUGGAACUACAUGCAGAAGCAAUGAUGAGUCAAACGAUCAUAUUGUUCCUUCGCCUGUUCUGUAUUCUAAUGAAGAUGUAUCUCUUGUCAGUAUCAUUGAAGAACUUCAAUGCAAUAUGGAAGGUGACACUUUUGAGAUGGUUGUAAGUCGGCCAACUGUUCUAGAGAAUGCUUUAAGACGAAUGAUGAAACCAUCAUUUGAUCCUUUGAAGAGAUUGAAGGAUGGGCCACCACUAAGGCUAUUUGCUCACUCAGUCUAUGACUUCAUGUGUGGCAUAGAACCUUCACAAAUCAAUGUAAAAAUAUCAGAGGUUUCAGAUUUUCUUGUGCAAGAUUUUUUGUUGAAAGUGGAAUCAAUGCAAGAUGAAUCAUCGUUAAAAGAAUUAUUAAACGACAAGGACAGCAUCCUUUUUGAAUGUGGUUACAAUAAGCCAAUUUGUAAUGUCACACUUAAAGAUAAAGGGGAUGUCAUUCAAACAAUUGCAUUGCACAAAGUUAUUUUAUCAUCCUUGGCAGAAUUAAAUCAAUUUUGUGAGGGGCUUUCUGUGUUGGGGGUAUCACAUGCUAUGAAGAAACAUCCGCUAUUACUUUCUCCUUUUUUUUGCUAUGAUGAGGACAUGCAGUUGACACCAGAUUUUAUCAGAAAUAUGUUCACAGAAAUCCAUUACUCAGAACAUGGUAGCAAUGAACGUGCCAGAGAAGAUCAAGCCUACAUGUAUUUUAUUGACUACCUUGAUGAUUGUGAAGUUCCAAGUUCUGAAGCUGAUGAAACACAAGUUACACUAGAGAAAGUUUUAUCCUUCACUGGAGCUACUAGAAUACCGCCCCAAGGAUUCGUGUCUGUCACUCUGAAUUUCAAUUCAGAAAAUGAUUCUCCCACAGCUUCAACUUGUGCAGUCCAGUUAACCCUGCCAACUAAAUACAGAAGCUACUAUGAUUUUAAAAGAAGUCUAGACACUGCUUUUAGCAUGCACGGAGGAUUUGGCUUAGUUUAACUGAAGCAUGAGCAUUGUACUACGUACUAUAUCUAAUUGCUAUUAUUCAUCACUUAUAAAUUUGUUCAUUAACCAGUUAUGAAUAGUAAUUUUGCUCUUUUCUUUCUGAAUCACUUAUAAAUUUGUUUAUUGACCAGUUAUGGCAAUAAUACUCUUAGUAAUUUUGUUCUUCUCUUUCCUCU